GUGUCCGACUAUGCCGAGCUGCACGCCAGAAUCAAUGGCCUCUCCAGUUCGCCGGGACGUGCUGCGAAUGAGUAUGUACCUGGACCGUCGCUUGCCUGCGCAACGCUGGGGGCAUGGAAGAAGCAGGACACAGAGCAGGAGCUCGAGCAAGUGCUGCCCCCGCUGGUGGACAGCCUGAUGCAGCAGAAGUUUCCGACGGUCAUGGACGAUGGCCCGGGCAACAAGCCCAGCCUGGCUCCGCAGCGGCGGACGUCGGUGAUGGUCGACGGCGUCGCGAACAGUCUCCGCGAGUGCGCCGGGAGGUUGCGAGAACUCUUUGGGGGCCAGGCAGAGUCUCUCGAGCUUCUUGAGGCGCUGAGCAUCGUCGAGUCCAAGGAUGGGCGCGUGUUCGUGGAGCUUCUUGGCUACGAGGGCGCAGGCCCGGCAAUCCUGGUCAUGGACAGCGUGGGCAGCGAUGCGGAAGAG